UGCACUUCGGGGCCACUCCGCAGCCCACUCCGCAGCCAUUUGCUGGCUUAAAUCGUCUUGUCUCAAGCUUGUUUCAGGGGAGCCGUCGUCAUUGAAUUUUGUUUGCCGCCAGCAAUGGCCAGUCGUGGUGAUCGAAGCCGCAGCCCUAAACGCAGCAGUGGCAACCCCAUAGCAACGUUUGAGACGACAAUGGGGAAUAUCGAAGCGGAAAUCUAUCUCGAUCGUGUGCCCAUCACAGCUUCGAGCUUCAUUGACCUUUGCCAGUCCGGCUUCUACGAGGGCGUCCAUUUCCACCGUGUCAUCCCAGGUUUCAUGAACCAGUUCGGGUGCCCCAACGCCAAGGACCCGAAGUCUCGUCGCGCGGGCACUGGAGGUCCACCCGACGGCAAGUUCAAGAAUCUUAAGACAGGUGGCAUGGAGAAGCGUUCGAAUGGUGGUAAUGCAAGUGAUGAGAACAUAUCACGUGACACGAAUGCGCCAGGCACUCUGUCGAUGGCCAAUACUGGUAGCCCCAAUUCAGGAGGCUCGCAGUUCUUCAUGAAUGUCGCGGACAACAGGAACCUUGAUUGGUUUUCCCCAGGCCAGUCGAAACACCCAGUCUUUGGCAAGAUUACUAAAGGCAUGGAUGUUGCUGUUGCGAUCUCAAAGGUUAAGACGCGGGACGACAACCCAGUGCAGCCUAUUUGCAUGAAGAGAAUUACAGUUACAGGGCUGUGAUUGCCAACGGGCCUACAGCUUCGAUUGAGAGCCCCUCUCUAUCUGGCUGCCUCGGGCCCCCCCCGCCGCCGUCCUGGAAGCGCCGCGUCGAGCUCCCUGCGGCCUUCUCGGCUCGGCGCUGCGCCCCUCUGGCGGCGGUCCUCCGCCGCCGGGGAGGAUCGGGGCCCAGCGCGGCUCCGAGACGCCCGCGCGGGCCGGCGGCGAGCGGCGGCUCCUGCAGCUCUCUCUGUGCUCCUCGGGGCUCCUCCGCUGCUCGGCCCGGGGUGCUGCCGGGCCCCCCCGGUGGCCUCGGGGGGCCGGGAGCGCCCGGGCGCCGCUUUUGUUUUCUGGGCCCCGGGGUCCUGCCGGGCCGCCCCGAUCGGGAGCCCGCGUCGGGAGGUUUACGUCGGGCGUGAGAUUCAUCUUGGGACUGCCCGGGGAAGGGCCUGUCAGGCAGCCCGCGCGCAAAUUCACAACGCGCCCCAGCGCGCCCGAGGCACGGGCGGGCGCUGUGGGGCUCUCUGCAGGGCACAUUAUCUGCAGCGGCCGGCGUGUGUUCCUGCCGGCUCCUUGGCGCCAGUUUUGUCCGACAAUAUUCUGAUUGCAGAGCCCUGCUGGUCGUGCCACUGUCGUGCUCGAGGCCGUGCACGGAGAUGUUUUGCGCCUGUGAGGAC